CUGCAUUGGGUUGCCGGUGGUAUAAAGUUUUUAAGAAAAAUAAUACCCGCUCUCAUUCGAGUUAUAGUCUGAGGGCCGCUUUCUUUUGUGCUCAUAGAUGGCGGAGGAGGUUUUGAUAGAUCCUGGGAAAACUAGAGGGCAUCUAACCUCAUCCCUGUUGGCAGUAGCGUUCCUCUCUUCCUUUGGGAGCUCCAUGCUCUAUGGUUAUAACCUGGCUGUUGUUAAUUCUCCUGCACAGUACAUAAAGGACUUUUUUAACCAAACCAUUGUGAGACGGAAUGGGUCAGGAGUGGAUGAAGAGACUCUCACGCUUAUGUAUUCAGUCACUGUGUCUAUAUUUGCGAUUGGAGGCCUGGUGGGCUCUCUCACAGUGGGAAUGCAGGUUACCAGAUUUGGGAGGAAAGGGACACUGGUACACAGCACAGUUCUGGUCUUUAUCGGUGGAGGGCUGAUGGGCUUUAGCCGAUUAUGUGGAUCUCCAGAAAUGAUCAUUGUUGGGCGUUUCAUUACAGGGAUACAUUCAGGGAUAUCUCUCAGUGUUGUUCCAAUGUAUCUGGGAGAAAUUGCUCCAAAGAAUCUCCGGGGCUUUCUAGGACUCGUGCCCAGCAUCUUCAUCUGUAUAGGAGUGUUUAUCGCUCAGAUUUUAGGACUCCAUGAGAUCUUGGGCAAGGAAGAGCACUGGCCACUGUUCUUCUCUCUAGUUGUGGUGCCUACAUUCAUACAGCUCAUGUUGUUGCCCUGGUUCCCAGAGAGUCCCAGAUAUCUGUUGAUGGAAAAGCGGAACAUUCAUGCCACUAUCACAGCACUGAAGUGGUACCGUACUAAGUCUAACAUCCAGGCUGAGGUGGAGGAGAUGCAGGAAGAGCAGCGCUCUUUGUCCUCAAUGGAGACUGUGUCAGUAUUGCAGCUCUUCAGGGAUCCGUCUGUUCGCUGGCAGCUUGUUACAGUCAUUGUGGUCAAUGCUGGAAUGCAGCUGUCUGGAAUCGAUGCGAUCUGGUUCUACACCAAUGCCAUCUUUGAGAAUGCUGGCAUUCCUGUUCAUCAGAUUCAGUACACAACCGUUGGCACUGGAGCCAUAGAGGUCAUUGCUGGACUCAUAGGGUGCUUUACUAUUGAGCGUGUGGGUAGGAGGCCUCUGAUGAUUGGUGGCUUUAGCUUUAUGGGCGUGUGCUGUGCUGGAAUCACUUUCUCCCUCAUUUUACAGGCUCAUUUAUCCUUUAUGCGGUAUGUCAGUGUGGCCUGUGUGGUUGGAAUCAUCGCUGGAUUCUGCAUUGGACCUGCUGGUGUCCCGUUCCUCAUGACAGGAGAGCUUUUUAAACAAUCCCAUCGACCCGCUGCCUACAUUGUAGGAGGAUUUCUCAACUGGAUAUCAAACUUCACUGUGGGAUUUGUCUUUCCGUUCCUUCAGAUGUCAGCUGGUGCAUUCUGUUACCUGGUGUUCUGUGGUGUGUGUGUGGGGGUGGCAGCCUACGUCUACUUCAUCAUCCCUGAAACAAAGAACAAAACAUUUGUGGAGAUCAGUCAGAUGUUCGCCUCAAGAAACGCUUGUGAAAGUGAAAACCAGCCGCUGGGAACCACUGACCAAGUCAGGCUCAAAAAGAUGAAUGGGUAUGGAGCGCUGGUGCCUGCAGAUGUGGACAAAAUGGACAGGACAGAGAAAUAGUUGUGGAAAAAAGAGAGCAGUAUGCUGUGUUCUGGUGCUACAAAACACUGUUCUGAGAGCUGUGAGAAUGUGAUGUUUUCAUUUAAGAAUUAUCCUGUGUCACUGGAGCAUUUACUACAAAAUCACCAUUAAAGUAGCCCAUAUGAUUUAUACAAUGCAGCAUACAUGUCCUAUGGGCUACUUUUAUGAUGAUUUUGUUUGCAAGUCUUCUAAAAGCCAUACAAUAGUUUGUGUGAUGAACAGACUAAAAAUUCUCACGUCUAUCUGACAAAAAUGGAGCCUGGUUGGAAAUCGGCAACAUCACACGUCAUUGCUUGACUGCUAACCAGAGGCCAUAUUUGAGAGUUCAUUUUAAGAUGUCAUAAUUUUAUUUUGCUGGCAGACCUGUGCGGAUAAUAUCUUUUAUUCCAGUUCUAGAUUUGAAAGCUACAAAAUUGCAUUAUUGUCCACAUUCAAUUUGAACUGCCUGAGAGCUUCCUCACACAAAGCUAUCGUAUGCCUUCAGAAGGCUUAGAAUAUAGAGCACAAGUCAUAUGGACUACACUACUGUUCAAAUGUUCGGGGUUGGACAUUUUUUUUCUCUUAAGCUCUCUAAGGCUGCAUUUAUUUGAUCGAAAAUAGAGCACAUUGUAAAAUAUUAUUACAAUUUAAAAUAACUGUUUCUAUUUUAUUUUACAUGAUUUCUUCCUGUGAUUCAUUUUCCAGCAGCCAUUACUAUGGUCUUCAGUGCUACGUGAUCCUUCAGAAAUCAUUUUAAUAUUCUAAAUUUGUAUGCCUUAAUAAUAAACAUUUCUUUUUGUCAAUGCUGAAAACAGUUGUGCUGCUUAAAGGGUUAGUUCACCCAAAAAUGAAAAUUCU